AAGCAAAUAAAACAAGAAAUCAAGAUGAGCAAUAAGAUCGGGAAAAAUAAAGGAAGUCGAGGGCAAGUCGAGGACAUUGAGAUGGCCGAGCAAGUGGCAACCCAAAGCACAGACGAGUUCGAACCCCUCGACUACGUGGCACAGCCAAAUGGAAGCCUGCAAACACACCAGGAUGCAGAGGGAGAGAAAAGCUCUUUGCCAGCAGUUCCAUCUGAGAUGACCGGACAUAUUCCAACAUCUGAGGAAAUCCUUCAGAUGGCAAAGAACGUCGAACCGGGUCGGCUAGAUCUGGAUCGUGCUUGGCCCUUAAACUGCCGCAUUCCCGGCCCCACAUCCCCUUACAAGAGACCCACAACCCAUUNACUAGAUCGGAAUUCUCUUUGCCAGCAGUUCCAUCUGAGAUGA